AUGCCGCCAGAACCCAAGGAAGAGCAAGGCCAUGAAGAACAACCACCAAAGCCGCCUGGAGUCACAUACCCUGAAGGUGGGACUAAAGCCUGGCUCAAUGUCCUAGGAACAUGGUGCGUCAUGUUCUUCACCUGGGGAUAUUUGAAUGCUUUCGGUGUGUACGAAGCAUAUUACCUGCACGAUUUCCUAGGUUCAUAUUCACCUAGCACAAUAGCUUGGAUUGGGUCAUUGCAAUUGUUCUUCCAGUUUGCGGGAGGGGUGGUUGCGGGCCCAGUAACGGAUCGUUGGGGGGCAAGAAUCCUGAUCUGGCCAUUCUCCAUCCUCUACGUUGUCUCCGUCAUGCUCACCAGCAUAUGUAAGAAAUACUGGCAGUUCAUACUCGUGCAGGGCGCGCUCGGCGGCCUGGCCAAUGGUUUGGUAUUUGCCCCCGCCGUGGCCGUCUUAGGUCAAUACUUCCAAAGACGCCGUGCCGUAGCGUUGGGAAUCGCAUCUUCUGGCUCAUCACUCGGCGGCGUCAUUUUUCCCGUCAUGCUCGACCUGAUGAUCUUUCAUACACCGCUUGGUUUCGGCUGGGCUGUGCGGAUCGUGGGAUUUCUUGUUUUGGGUCUUGUUCUCACGGCCUGUGUUACGAUUAUUCCCAGACUACCGCCGAGAAAAGGCAAGUACCUCUUGAUCCAUGCGUUCAAGAAUCCCAUCUACUCGAUACAAGUCGCGGGGCUAUUUCUAGUAUGGCUGGGUCUCUUUACGCCAUUUUUCUAUUUGCCAUCUUAUUCGGAAUCGAAGGGUCUGAGCUUCGAUUUGGCACUUACCACGAUCGCGAUACUCAAUGCUGGGUCGCUCGUUGGUCGACUUUCUUCGGAGCCUCUUGCCAAACAUCUGGGUCGAUUCAAUCUGCUUUUGAUGGGGAUCUGCGCGUGUGGAAUCCUUGUCUUUUGUUGGUUGCGCGUCUCCUCUAUAGGUGCCAUCUGUGCGUUUGCCGCUCUAUAUGGUGCAGCUUCGGGAUUUGUCAUUGCCUUAUUCCCAACGACACUGGCAGAUGUUGCGCCUCAUCCUUCCGAGAUUGGUAGUUACGUUGGAAUGGCAUUGGGACUGUAUGGUAUUGCUGGACUCACGGGGACACCGAUCACGGGUGCCAUGAUUGCUCAUUAUGGUGGCUACUCUGAGGCUACGAUAUUUAGUGGUUGCGUGGUCAUGGCAGGAACCGCCCUGCUUCUCUAUGCGAGGUUAAUAUUUGUGAUAGAUCGCGGAUGGAAGGUGUGA